CAUUACAGAUCGUUUACCCUACGAAUUUAUAGAAAUCUGCAAUGUUAUAGCCAAUGCCAUUAGUGUUCUCAGUUUUCGCUUUAUAUCUGUUGAUUCAUGAACCUUCUGCCUCUUUCCUCCCAGUCCUUUAUAUCUUGAACUGCGAUGAAUUUAAAUAAGUCAAAAUACCCGAUAUAUUUUCGCAAUAUCGUAAACAUUUCUUUUCGCUCUAUUAUAACAAGAUUUCCACGUAUCUACUAUUUUAUUUUGACAUCUCAAAUAUUUGACAUUUCUUUAUUGUUAGGUUAAAAUAGCUUACAGCUUUCGAAAUUCGUACACAAUAUAAUUUUAACGACAUCAAAAUGUUUGUUAACUUAUUUUUAUAUUUUUGAAGAAAUAUAAAAUGUAAAUACGUCAAAAAUAUAAGUAUUUAGUACGUAUAUGAAGAAGAUGGUCUUCCAAACAUGAUCUGUUAUCCAUGCAAAUAUCAAUUGGAAAAGUCCUACCAGUUUAAAAAAAAAUGUGAAGCUGCUGAUGCUAAACUUCGUAAGCAUAUGAAAUUGAUUCAACAAUUAACUGGUCAAGGUGAAGAAGGAGAAAAUCAGGAUAGUAAUAGGGAAGAACUAAAGGAUUCUUCCAGUGGAAAAUCAAAACAAGUUAAACAGCUGUUAGCUGAUUUAGUAUCAACUAAAGGUGACAGUGGACAAACAGAUGGAGAUCCGAUUGAAGUAACGGAAGAAGAACUUGUUGGUGGUUACAUCCUAGGUAUGAAUUCAGAAAACUUAGAGAUGGAAGAAACAAUGUCCGAAGAUCCAGAAAAUAUUACAUUAGUACCUGCGGAGGAACGUACUGCAAAAGCACGUUGCACGAUACGUACAACACGUAUUAAGCAAGAACAGGAAUCUGAAGAUGAAGCGGAAGAAGUACAAAGAGCAAUUGCAAAUGCUGACCACAAAAAUGUUUAUAUGAUGGAAGUUACGAGUAACAGUUCAGGUCAAGGAGAAUCCUUAAAAUUACAACCAAUCGGAGAUACCAUGGUCGAAACUAGUGAAGAGUUAAAAGUGUUUCAAUGUGAUAAAUGUCCAAAAGCAUUUACCCGAAGAAUAAUGUUGAAAAGUCAUCAGUCUGUUCACUCUACACAAAGAGGUUUUACAUGUCAAGCUUGUGAAAAAUGGUUCCCUACUAGAUCAGCUUUGGUCAGACACGAACGUACUCAUACAGGUGAAAAACCGUUUGGUUGUAACAUUUGUCAUCGUGCCUUCGCACAGAAAGAAAUUUUACUUCGACAUCUCAUGACUCAUUCUGGUCAAAAACCAUUCCAAUGCCAACAUUGUGAGAAGAGCUUUACUCAACGAGAAGCGUUGAAGGUACACAUGAGAAGGCAUCAAAAGUUGGAUCCAAAUGAUAUACAGUUACACCAUUGCCAACUUUGUCCUAAAGCCUUUUGUCAUGCAUCUGGACUUAGCAGACAUUUAGUUACACAUACUGGCAGAACAUACAAGUGUGUAGAAUGUGAAAAAUCUUUCACUGAUAAAAGUUCGCUGUUAAGGCACAGUCGUAUCCAUGCACCUAAAAAAAUAAUGACAAAUUAAAUUUCCCUUACGAAUUGCAUAUCGUAUUGUUUAUAAAAUCGGUCGUCAUUAAAUUAAAAAAACAUUUCUGUAGAAUUUUUUUUAAUCAUGUAUGAUAAUAGCUUUCUUAUUACUGUUAGUAUAAUAUAUAAUAAUAUAUUAAAUAUAUAAUAAUAUAUUAUUAUAUAUUAUAUAUUAUAUAUAAUAUAUAUUAUAUAUAAUAUAUAUUAUAUAUAAUAUAUAAUAAUAUAUUAUUAUAUAUAUAAUAUAUAAUAAUAUAUUAAGUAUAUCUUAACUAAUACUUAGCACUAAUUCAAUUCAAUAAUUCCAAGUAUAUUUCUACCUAGUUAUGUUAAAACUAUUUGACUGGAGUAUAUUGAAUGAUUCAUUAAUAGUACCGGUUAUAUGUUAUUUUUAAAUGCAUUAAAUGCAAAAUUGCAGCAUAUUUUUAUUUUAUUAAAUAUGCAAUGGAACUUAUACAUCUUUUGAUCUGAUAUACACUACACUACAUUGUUAUAACAUUUCAAUAAGUUAUAUUUUAUUAAAAUGUAAAUCAGUGACAGUAUUCUAGUAAAACGUUUUUUUUAUAAAAAAUUUGUUCCUUAUACAUAUUUUCAUGACAUUUAUAUUGUAUACAAUUCUAUGUAUUUGUAUGUAUAUAACUUUAAUUAUAAGAAUAUAAUUAAAUAUCUUAUGUC